AUGGACGGUGAAAAAGGAAAGGGCACAGAGCAAACAGAGCCCUCGCACAAACCCAAAAAUGGGAGCGUCUUCCCCAAGGAAAGACGUUCCGUGAAGAGCAUGAUGGGCGAGAAAAUGAAGCAGGUGGUGGUGGAUCUUGUUGAGUCCACAGCCAACAAGGCUUCGAAGAAGGUUGCGCCAGCUUCUGAGGCUACUUUGAAACGGAAAGCGAAGGAUUCUGUUUGUACGUGGCGACAAAAUCGACCGCGCGGAAAAUCAGCGAAACAGUUAGAUGGAACAUUUUGUUCUGUCAUCGUGAUGACAGACUACACUGACGCAUGUUGUUACCCUACGAUUGCGUUUCACACCGC